AUAAACUGACAGUGACCACCAUGCCAAGCGCAGCUGACGCCGCUGUGAUGGUCAUGGUGCUGUCGUACGUUGGCGUCGCGACCCUGUUCUCCGUGCAUGCUCCACACGCGUACAUGGACGAAGUCUUCCACUUUCCUCAGACCGAGCACUACUGCGAGGGGCGAUGGGGUGUUUGGGACCCCAAGAUCACCACAUUUCCUGGUCUGUACGUCGUUGGAACGGGGUUUGGGUCAGCCGUUCACCACGCGCUCUCGACGUUUCAAGUAAACGUUGUGGCUCCAUCGCUGUGCUCGUUGAACGUGUUGCGAAGUAUAAACGUCCUUUUCAAUAUUGGCAGUCUGUUCUUGAUCGUGAAGUUGCGCUGCAUGAAGUACGCUCCCGACGCCAUCACGACAGGGGCAGUGCACGGCAUUGUGAUUGCCCUCUUCCCAGUGCAUUACUUUUUCUCGUUCCUGUACUACACGGACGCCGGGGCCGUGUUCUUCGUGCUGGCCAUGUACUUCUUUGCCCAACGAGGUCGCGCCGACCGACUUCGCCAUGGCGCCAUGACGAUGUCACAUCUCGUCAGUGCUGCAUGCGGCGCUGUCGCUGUGAGCUUUCGCCAAACCAACGUGAUUUGGGUGCUAUUUGUGCUCGGCAUUGAAAUCGUACACGACUUGGAAUCAACGCAUGAUGCUGCUCUGUAUGGCAACAGCACCGAGACCCCUGCAUCGAAUGCGCUGGGGCUGUCCACAUACAUUUCGUUUGCAAGCUUGCUCUUGAAAGACAGUCGCCGAUUGGCUGGGUUAUUUUGGCCACAUGGGUCGAUUGUGGUGGCGUUUGGGGUAUUUUUAGUCACUAAUGGGUCCAUCACCGUUGGCGACAAGACCAACCACGUAGCCACGUUUCACGUCGGACAGCUCUUGUACUUUAGUGUCGUGUGCGCCACUGGGCUUGGCGUGUCUUGCUUCUGGAAUCCACUCGAGUUCGUGAUGACAUUCGCACAACACUUCCGCCGCCGUGCUUUGGUGUCGAUGGUGCUCAGCAGCGGCUUUCUCAUCGCCAUCUACUCGUUCAGCGACGUGCAUCCGUUCAUAUUGGCCGACAACCGCCAUUUUACGUUUUACAUUUGGAAUCGGUUCUUUCUCAAGCAUCGCCUCAUGAAGAUGGUGCCUGCGCCUUUGUAUGCGUAUUGUCUGUGGCUGCUGUGGAAGCACAUUCGCACGGCUAGUUCGCCGCUGCGUACGAGUGUAUAUGGCCUCGCGACGGCGCUGGUGCUGAUCCCAACACCACUAGUCGAGCCUCGGUACUACAUCGUUCCGUUCGUGCUGUACCACCUCAAUGCCGACAAGCAACCGUUGCCCCAGCUCGUCCUCACGGCGCUGUGUUUUGGCGCGGUGAAUGCCUUGACGAUUUACGUGUUCCUGUUCAAGCCAUUUCGUUGGCCCGAUGGAUCUGAAGCCAGGUUUAUGUGGUAGUCACAAAAGCACAUCGUAAUGAGUACAGAUUAGAACCCGCACUAAACAGAAACAAUUGCCAGCUCAUGUGUUCAAGUAUACUC